CAGACCGGUAAACAGCUGAGUUUGUUGUUCUCGUUUUAUUUGGUUAUUUAACGCCGCGCUUGAAAAAUGAAUUUUCUGUGGAAAGGACGCCGGUUUCUGAUCGCAGGUAUCCUGCCAACAUUUGAGGGCGGCGCUGAUGAUAUAACCGAUAAGGAAAACAAAACUUACAAGGCCUUCCUGGCCAGUAAACCACCAGAGGAAACGGGAUUGGAGCGCCUCAAACAUAUGUUUUCGAUCGACGAGUUUGGCAGCAUAUCGUCCGAACUUAACUCUGUUUAUCAGGCCGGCUUCCUGGGAUUCCUCAUUGGAGCCAUUUACGGCGGAGUUACACAAUCGCGCGUGGGCUACAUGAAUUUUAUGGAGAACAACCAGGCCACAGCUUUUAAAUCUCACUUCGAUGCUAAGAAAAAGAUGCAAGAUCAAUUCACAGUCAACUUCGCCAAAGGCGGUUUCAAAUGGGGCUGGCGAGUGGGACUUUUCACCACAUCCUACUUCGGCAUCAUCACCUGCAUGUCGGUGUACCGUGGAAAAUCCUCAAUCUACGAGUACUUGGCCGCUGGUUCCAUUACCGGCUCACUUUACAAAACGAGUCUUGGUCUGCGGGGAAUGGCGGCAGGUGGAAUCAUUGGAGGUUUCUUGGGCGGCGUGGCUGGUGUGACCUCCCUGCUGCUGAUGAAGGCAUCCGGCACUUCGAUGGAGGAGGUUCGCUACUGGCAGUACAAAUGGCGACUCGAUCGCGACGAGAACAUUCAACUGGCGUUCAAAAAACUGACGGAGGAUGAAAACCCAGAACUUUUCAAGGCCCACGACGAAAAAACAGCCGAACAGGUAUCUCUGGACUCGAUUAAAUGAGUGCUUAAAGGAGCCCCAGUGUAGACUUAGUUGAGUUUUUUAAUUUAAAUAAAUUGCAAAUAUGUCCAUCUAAA